AUGACGCUGAUGCUAAUGACGACUGAUCAAUUGGAGAAUUCGAAACGUAAACAAACACGGACAACCGCCCGUAAAGAUUGUGUGCAGAAUAAUCGUGAAAUUUUAUGUGAAAACUCGGGAAAAGGAAAAACAUCAUUUCAUCCCGAAAUUUGGCAACAUUCGCCCGAGUAUGAUCGAGCAGCUGUGUGUGUGUGUAUGCCGACGAAAUACGACGCCGUUUCUACAACAAUCACUAAAGCCGGCUGUGAUCGUGAUCGGCACAUUCUCAACCAACGUUGCCAUACACCACAAAAUAGCAUGGAAAGGAAGGUAUUAUAAAAUAAUGUCAUAUAUGAAAGCAUUCUAAUCUUUCCUUUUUAUUUUUCCACUGCAACCAGGACAUUGUAUCGCCGCAUCGACAAGUGGUGUUUAUGUGCAAGUGUUGCGAAGAAGUGUGUUGUACGGUGUAUUAUGUGUUUUAUUUUAUUUGUAUCGCUUUACAAGUGGUACAUUUAGAGCGUUUAAUCGUUGUGAUACAGCUUUCUAACGAUUCACCCGAGGGGUAGAAGCGGCAACAAUAAAUGUGCCUGACGCAGAGACAACAACGCCGUCGGCAUCCGUUGAUACCAUCCAAAGUGAUGGUUGAAAUCGUAUUUAAACGUGUAAAACCAUGUAUUGGGGCAUGUAAGUAUUGAAUAAUAGUUAAAUAAAAUACAUUUUAUCGUUGUACUGGACAA